AUGGCUACCGUGAAAGAGCUCGGAGAGAACUUCCACGGUUGUUUCCUCGUCCUGCAGAAAGUGUUGAGACACCAUCGCAGGACGUGUAUUGCUGCUUGGACUACGGCAUUUGAGAUUGGCACCCGGGAGUACAUAAACUCUAACGAACAUCUCGGUAUAAACACUGCCAAGGAUGGCCAACUCCGUUUCCGCUCAGUUACGAAAUGUGUUCCGAUAUUAGCUGAGGAAAAGCAUUCGACUCCAUGGUUUAAAGCUCCCACGUGGGACACACACAAAGAAUAUUACUUGGGGCCAACGGAAUCUACUAAUUUCACCUGGGUGGUACGCAAAUCUUUGAUUUUGGACCCUGAUUUAUCUGUGAACUGCCCCCCGUACGAGUUGAGAGCACUGGCAUCCUACGCCGGCUUCCACGAUAAAACAUCAAUUUCAGACUUCUCACCAAUAGAUGACCUCAUUGUGCCCCAUGCGGGCAUCACAGUUCUAUAUCUGCUGAAUAUCGCAGUAUACUCUAACGUCACCGAGGACCCUUGGUUCCAGGCUACCAACAAGGAUGACCCAAAUGGUUUCCGGCCAGAUUUCCCCGUGGGCGUCUUCUACUACGCUGAUCGGGUGGCAUCUACACUGGGAUGCACUCGCCAGUGGGAGUUUCGCACAAUGGACGGAAGCUGCACGUCACCUAUGGAUACUCCAUAA